UUCACUGUGAUCAGAAGCGGACAGUUGUCACUGCGAUCAGACUAAAUUGGUUGCCAUUCAGAUAAGAAACGAGCAGUUGUCAGUGAGAUCAGACGAAAAGUGUUGCCACUGAGAGCAGACGCGAGCAGUUGUCACUCAGAGCAAACGCAAACCUCUGAGAUCAGACGAACAGAGGACAUUGUUAUCAUCUCGGGAUCAGACUGUCUUUCUAGGAUAAAAAGAAAACGGAUGUCACUAAUAUCGGACAAGUAUCAGUCGAGAUCAAACAGGGAUGAUUCGUAAUCUGAAUAAGAAGUUUUAACGCUAACAUCGCAGCUACCGACGAAAACGUGUACAAUUUCAAAUUUUUAAAGUUUGUUAUCAAAGAUGGGCUAUAUUACUCUGAAUGUCCGAGGAACUAUAUUCGUGGUCGAACAAGAUUUUGUGAACGUCAGCGUCAAGUCGCACUCGCCACUGGCUCAGCUUAAUGACAGCUCCAAGUAUUAUAACAGAGAAAAAGACGAGUUUUAUUUUAACAAAAGUGCUGUCGUGUUUGAUGCGGUGCUCGACUAUCUCGACACCGGGAAUCUUCAUGUCCCUGGAAACGUCUGCACAGAGAAAUUUCAAAGUGAUUUGGAAUUCUGGGGAAUCCCACAAUGCAAACUGGGAAAAUGUUGCUGGAAGGUGUUUUAUAGAACAGAAGAGGAUGUGACAACAAUGGAUACACUGCUCAGUCAUAUGCCUUGUGACGCUAUACACACACACAGAACCGGACAUUUACAGUUACCAGAACUGGAUGAACCUGUCAGCGGAUGUUCUAGGUCUUGUAUCUACAGUGCGUUGAACGACAACUCGACACGUAUAGGAAAGGUAUGGUACGGGGUACUCUGUGUGACGAUCCUUUUAUCGACGUUCCUGUUCAUCAUGGCAACCGUCCCAUCCUUCCGAGUAAAGUUGGACACUACUAAAACCUAUCCGUAUAGUGUAACGUCAAACACCGCCUUCAUGUACUGGUCAACACGUCCGCAUUAUGCCACGGUAGCACUGGACAGCGCCUGUAACGUCAUUUUUAUGAUUGACUGGCUUGUCCGAUUCUUCUGUGCUCCGAGUAAGAAGUCCUUCAUGCGGAGCUUCCUAAACUGUGUGGAGUUGGUCUCCUGGGUGUUCCAGUGGAUUGGUUUAUGGAUGGAGCUGCAGCGAUACCUGUUUGAAGUAGAAGGGUUAUACCCCGUCCUGUUUAUCAUCUCAACAAUAUGUUGUGUUAGAAUAUUGCGCGUUUUCAGACUUAUUAAUCACAGCGUCGGGGUUAAGCUUUUACUCCUGUCCUUAAAAUCUAGUGCAAGAGAGCUGUUUAUCCUGGCAGUGUCUUUCGGUUGUGUAGCUAUCAUAUUUGCUCUCCUCCUUUACAUGGCGGAAUUAGGGAUAGACUCCGACGUCACACUCCCAAACGUCUUUGUGUCCCUCUGGUGGGCAAUCGUCACCAUGACAACAGUGGGAUAUGGGGAUUAUUAUCCGACCACCCCUCAAGGCUGUUGUAUCGGUGCGCUAUGUGCUUUGACAGGAAUUCUUCUCAUUGCACUUCCUAUGGCUGUGACGUCAUCGAAUUUCAGUGACUUCUACACGUUCAAUAAAUAUCGAGAACGGUACAUAAAAUCACUUCAGAAACAAAAGGAGUCUGAUACAUAAAUCUGUGUUAUUGUUUUUUUAUGUCAUACACAAGUGUGAGGUGUUGUUCGUAAGUAUGUGAUCAAUCAUGUACACCAUUAAAUUUAUCUAUUCUUAAAACAAUACGAUUAAGAGACUGCUAUCUGAGUAAUGUUUUGUAUCACUGGAGUAUUAACAGAAAAAAGUAUUCCUUGUGCUUUCGCUGGCAAGGGUUUUACAAUGUAAGGAAUGAAGGCCCAUUUUUGUAUUGUUAUUAGAUAUGUACAGUACAUUUCCUUUUCGCUGCUUGGAUUUUUGAAGUUGCUGUUUAUAGUCAUUGGGUGAUGUAGAAACACUUUGUUUUCCCAAAUACUAUUAUAUUUGUGUUAUCGUCCUAUAGUUCCACACACUGUAUGCAAAGAAUAUAUUUCUCUGAGAUUUAUAUUUUUAAGCGGAAAUAUAACAAAGCACAUCAGAUUAUUUAACGAUCUUUCCAGGUAUCACAAACCAGCAGUCAUUGCUUUUAUUCACACUAACUGAUCAGGUAGAGCUGAUUGCAUUUUCAUAGAUUUAUGAUAAUUGAUUAAUGUAAUUUAUAUCUUGUACCGGCAGACAUUCAUGUAUCAGAUAACAUCAGCUUUAAUUAUAGGUAAACAGAUAGUACAGCUCCCAGGUGGGAAUAUACAAUGUAGCCAUAUGGUACAGUUGUAUGUAGUUUAAAAACUGCACUAUUACAAUAACAUAACAGUCAUAAUAUUGAUGUGGACGUUAACAUACACAAAAUCACCAUAUGCAAAUAAAUUGCAGGCUGAAAUGUACUAAUUGUAUAUUCAAUGCAUCUUAAAAAAAUAAUAAUUAAUGUGGACGAUCGAAUCCAGUUACCGCGAAAGCAACGACAUAAACAAUGUAUUAAAUCAUUCACCCAUGAAGACACAUUUGAACUCUUCCAAUUCAAUGGUUGGAAUAGUUCAUUAUGAAAUUUUUAGGGGUGAAUGAAUUUUCUCAGUGUGGAUGUAAAAUAAUCGAAAUAAUUUAUUAUGUUUCAUGUUUGUAUGUUAAUUGGAUAGGACUUUUAGUUUGGGUUAUAUGUCGUCUAGUGUCUACAAUAAAAUAUAUUCAAAAUCAAGCACAAACUAAACAAAAAAUAGAAUACGUAUGUAGUUUACAUAUGCAUGAUGCUAGUAAUGGUUUAGGAUAUUCAUUUAUAAAAUUCUUGUGUUUUUAUAUGCUUGUGUGGAGAUUGACAACUCCGAAAAGAAAAGAAAAAACAUUUCACACACGACCGUAUUACUGGGCUUUCACUUCACUAUCAUCUCCACUCUGGUAAUUCCGUUUAUGAAGUUUUCAUAGGUGAGAUGUCAGGAAUAAUCUUGUUAAAUAAAAACUUAAACAUGUUUUAUCUUAUGUUUGUAUCAUGUCCGUAAUAGCUAAAAUAUUUAUAUUGAUGAUCUUGAGUUAAUAUUAAUGUAAAAUAUAUGUAAAGCGAAAGUAAUCUAUGUCAUUAUAAAUAGAGCGAACUGUUGUAGAUGUAGUUACGUACAGUGUGUGAUGUUUAUAUUAUUGGUCAA